UUGCUUUCAGAUUACACUGAGCGUGCGUCGAGUCGAGCUGGACACACGUUUUUCCCUCCCCUCUGCGUCGCUAUACAUUCAAGUGAAUUAGUCGUUGCAUCUCAUUCGGUGUUUGUGUUACAUUCGCGACUCUCGUCAGUGAAAUUGUUCAAUUGGAGUGCGCGGAAUGACGAAGACUAAAUUUGGAUUCUCAGAAACGACAAGUGGGGAACGUGAAAGUGAACAAAACAAAACAAUCAAAUCCAAUUUUAAGCAAACGGGAUCUAAAAUGUCAACAUGAAGAUUGUUUGGCAGUUCAGUCUUUUCGUAUUGACUCUUUUUGCCGAUUUCGAGGCGAAAUCCAUCGGAUCGCGAGAUUCGACCCCUUCGUUUCAAGUCGCACCGACAGACGCGGUCAAAAAAGUUGAAAAUUACACGCCUGAAGUUUUGGUUUUCGUCGAAGUUUUAAAAGACGGCGACGUCAGUGGCAAAAAUAAUGACUGGACACAGCCACACCUUCUCGUCGUCGUUCAUCGGCCCGACGAGCCCGUAGAUAAUGGAAAGGACAUAAUAACAUCGGAUCCCAACAUCUUGUUGAUGCUCGAAAAUUUUGAAUCGAAACCCGAAUGGCCGGAAUCCAGCACGGCACCUCGACUGGCUCGCGAUAUGAGUCGAGAUGACUCCGAUCCAGCGUCUUUAGAGCCGGGAACUUCGCGAGGCAAUUACUACGACGUGUGGCUGGUGCCGCGUCGCAGCCGGACCGCCGACCCAUAUCCACCAUCAGCAUCGUUAUUACCUCCUCCGACAUAUAUUCCGGCCACGACAGUCAAGCAACAUAAUGCGGAAUACGGCACGCAAGCGGGCGGCAACAGAGUCUCUGGUAGGAGUAUCAGUUCGACUAAUGUAUCUCCAAAUCAUUCGUACAGUUCAGACGACGAUCCUCCGGAUUUCCUUUCGACACUGGUCACCCUACCGCAAGUGUGGAUGCACGACUUGAGUCACAUGAUAAUUCAACCGCUACGCAAGCCGUCCUCCGGCGAACGCGACAGUUUUGAGUAUUUCGGGAUGGUGGGCAAAGCGCCCUUUAUUCAAUGUCCUCUUGGCUUUAAGAAAAGCUCUUUAGGAACGUGUCGUCCUGUAUUCCGAAGUCGUAGAAACUAUCCCUUGAGCAGUGCUCAAGGGCCGGAAUUAGAGACAACGACAAUGGCAACAACAACAACGACUAUCGAGGCGACAACGGUAACCGAGGAGAAUGAGAAUUCGACUACUACCUCUACUAGCCCGUAGUGUUUAACUGAUUACGCGUUUACACGUUGGAUCAUUGUUUAUGUUUGCGUGAAAAUGAUGUACAUAUUCCCGAAUUUUUAAUCGCACCCUUUACUAGAUGUGAUCUAUUUGGUUAUCGAUUUAAGUGUAACCCCAUAACCCAGAAAUGCCGUAAGGGAUUAACCGUGUUUCCCAUUUCGACAAAAAUAAGAAAAGGACUAAUCUCGAAUACAUAGAUAGCAUUUAUAUAAAAGCUGGCCUACCUUGGCUUUUGUGAGUAGCUUUCCCAGGCCCCAGAAGGUUCCUCCACCCGUUGCCGUCCCACCAAUUCGUUCAUACCGAUCUUCUGCUUCUACCUGUUAAAAAGAAAGAUAGAACUAUUCAGAUGUAGUAGAAUUUGAAGAAGAAAGCACCUUCAUGAUACUGACGCCAGAACCGAUAUUGACGAGCAGAUAGGGGAAAAUACACGGAUCGACGUUCGGGAAGCGGUAUUCAGGGUUUGCGUGGCGCUGAUAUAUAAAAACUUCGUCGUGAAUGUUCUUCAAGAGGAAAUUACAGCCUUCAAUAAGGCAGGUCAUCUCCUCUUCCUUGUCAACCCUGUUGCCUUUAAAUCGUGAGCAUGUUGCGCAAGAAAAGAUUGCUGGGGGAGAGUCUUACGUAAGCCCCAAUUUCUCCUGGAGAAGAUCAGCAUACUUGUACGCACCACCGCCAGUAACUUUAAUUUUUUUCUCCUUCAUUACAUCGGCUGAAGCGACCAGAUUUUGUUGCAGGAAAUCCAGACAAGCUUCAAUAUACUUGGUUUCAAACUUGACAAAGUGGAGGCGGUCUCCCUGAGAUACUUCAUACUUAGGGUUGACUUCCUGACCCUGGACAACCAAUAACAAAUUGUUUUCAACUAAAUUUAAAAAAAAACCAAUAUUGACAAUUACCCAUAUACUUCACUGUCAACAGUCUUCUGGUCUUUGUUGUAGAGAACUUUUCGAUAAGGCACUGUCGAAUAAUAGGCAAUUUUGGUCAAUGACCCACCUGUAAUUUCCCAAUGAUUAACAUAUAAUGAAUCAAUACAAUUCAUGUACAACUAUGGGAUGGUUUUAUGUAAAAUUGUAAAAAAUGAAUAGUUCAAACAACGACAGGCUCCCCUAUUACAUUUUGUACAUUACUACAAUUUUUUGGUGCUUUGACAACCGAUAAAAGCUUGAAUAUGCUCCAACGUUUAUGAAAUUAUCAAUGCCUUUUAAAUAAAAAUACCAUACCGAUA